CUGAGGGUUAGGGUUUAAGGGUUUCUCUCUUUCGCAAAUUCUGUGACUGGGUUGAAGCAGAGAGUAAAACAUGCCUCGUACGACCACACUCGAUUGUCCCGGUUGCCCUCCACUUCGAGCUCUAACCUUCGACGAGCUUGGUCUCAUAAAAGUUAUUGAAGCUCGAGGUAAACAAGGAAGAGCAGAACCUAAGGUGGUUGAGAGGUGGGGCGACCCAGAUUCCUCUAAAUGUGUGCUCGCCGCCUCUAUCCAUGACCGAAAAUCUGACCCAUUACUAGCUGUUGCAAGAAGAAAUGGCACGGUUGAAGUUCUUAAUCCUCUUAAUGGGGAUCUCCGUUUCGCAGUCUCCAAUGCCAGUAAUAAUGGCGUUCAGCCUGAAGAUGACCCCGUUGCUGGAUUGCAUUUAUUUGCCAAAAAGAAGUUGGAAUUGGCUUCUAGGUCUUGCACUUUGCUUACGUGUACAACAAAAGGAAAUGCAAGCAUAAGAUCCUUUGAAGUGAAUAAACCAUCCGCAGAUGUUUCUUCUACUGGGUCUUCAAGAACAUGGAGUAUAGGUGAUGGCGGCAGUAUCUUAUGUUCUAAAGUGGAUGGAAGUGAAAACUAUUUUUUAUUGGGAGGGAAGCGUGUUGAGAUGAAUGUCUGGGAUCUUGACGGCUGUGCCAAAAUUUGGACAGCAAAACCUCCUCCUAAAAACAGCCUUGGUAUCUUUACCCCAACUUGGUUCACAUCUGCCACAUUUUUGAGUAAAGAUGAUCAUCGUAAAUUUGUGGCUGGCACCAACAGCCAUGAGGUUCGUCUUUAUGACAUUUCUGCUCAGCAAAGACCUGUCAUAUCAUUUGAUUUUCGGGAGACUGCUAUUAAAUCUGUUGCUGAAGAUCUAGAUGGCUAUACCAUCUACGUAGGGAAUGGAUCUGGUGACCUCGCUUCUUUUGACAUACGCACAGGUAAAUUGUUAGGUUGCUUUUUGGGCAAGUGUUCAGGUAGUAUAAGAUCCAUAGCAAGGCACCCUGAGUUUCCAGUGAUAGCAUCAUGUGGAUUGGAUAGCUAUCUACGGCUUUGGAAUGUGAAGACGCGGCAACUACUUUCUGCUGUUCACCUGAAGCAGCAUCUGACAAACGUUCUUUUUUAUUCCAAUUUUGCUGAGAAUGUGUACUGAGAGAUCUGGACUAGGGCGCGCGCCCAUGAGCUCUAGUAACCCACCACUACUGCACCUGACAUCUUCGAAAACCCUUCUUCUGCUUCUGGUUCUUCUUCUGGGUUUCUGAUCUGAUUGGUGUGAGAUAUUGUGAUCUGAGAAGUUUAGGAGGAGAGGGUUGGAGACGUGUGUCACACGUGCUCUGUGCGCGCGUGUUUCUCUUCAAGUUACUUAUGCUUACUGGGCUGUUAUUUUGGGUCUGGAUUUGAAAGCGAAUAGGACUUUUACAAUUGGGCUUCCAAACACUGGUUUUUGGGAAAUUUCCUA